AACCUUCAUUUCUCUAAACAUUAUAAAGAUUACAGAGGGCAGUUCCACUGAGCCAGAACAGACCGCCUCAUUUGAGUGCAACAUGACUUAGGGAUUCAGUGGAUGCCUUCAAACAUACUUAAGCACGCACCAGGACUACACUUCAGACUUCAAGACCACUGACGUGAAUUGGUGAGCCUUUCAGAGGCAGAAGAGAGGUUUCCUUCUUUUAAACUAUCACAAAGAAACUGGAAAACUAUGCCUGCAUUAGGCCUUGAGAUAGUUGGAAUAACUCUCUCGGUUCUCGGAUGGAUUCUCGCCAUCAUUUCCUGCGCUCUUCCCAUGUGGAGGGUCACUGCAUUCAUUGGAUCUAACAUCAUAACGGCUCAGGUGUACUGGGAGGGCAUCUGGAUGAGCUGCGUGGUGCAGAGCACUGGACAAAUGCAGUGUAAGUUCUAUGAUUCUAUGCUGGCUCUUCCUCAGGACCUUCAGGCAGCUCGGGCACUGACAGUAGUGGCCAUUGUCCUGGGUGUCUUGGCUCUUCUACUCUCCAUGGUGGGGGCCAAGUGCACUAACUGCAUCGAGGAUGAGGGGUCAAAAGCUCGUGUGAUGAUUGCUUCUGGAGUCACCUUCAUAACUGCCUCAGUCACACAACUUGUUCCUGUGUCCUGGGCAGCCAAUACCAUAGUUGUGGAAUUCUACAGUCCGCUCGUGCCUGAGUCCCAGAAGAUGGAAAUAGGAGCCUCACUGUAUUUGGGCUGGGCUGCUGCAGCCAUGCUGCUGAUAGGAGGCUCCAUUUUGUGCUGCAGCUGUCCACCAAGUGACAUAAAGUACAACCCACCAACUCGAAUGGCUUAUUCAACCAACCGUUCAAUGGCCCCCAGCUCAUUCACCAGGAGAGACUAUGUUUGAACGCAUCACAACAGCCGUACAGCAUUGUUCUGGUUAUUUUUUAUCUCUGCUGCCUCGGGGGAGGGACAGUCUAGCUAUGUGAGCUCAGGUGACCCAAGCUGGGAAUGUUUUACCUGGAGUUUGGCUAUCACAGCCCAAUGCACAGGCAUUCUCAAGUACAGUUUGAAAUGUAUAUUUAUUCCUGUUCUGAAGACUUUCUUGUUUGUAUCCUAAUCAAAUCAGUAGCUGAAACCACUCCACACUUUUUGAAGAAAAAAAAAUCAUUAUACAUUUGAAAAAAUGUUUCACAUAACUUCUGAUAGUAAGUUUAUUCUGUUUUACAUCCUCUUAACUUAUUUUCAAAUAUUCAAUUAUUUGAUUUUUUUUUCUUUUUAAGUUGAGUCAUUUUUACAGUGUACUGUUAAAGAUACGGUUGUACUGUACUGUACAGUCUUUGUAUAAAGUUGGAGUAGGUCAGUUGAAGUAGUUGACUGACCUUUUUGAAUGUAUUCAUUCUUGUGUUUAGUGUUACAGUGUCACAAGAUGUUUUCACUUGUCAUACUUGUUUAUUUUCUCUAUUCUGAUGCUUGUGUCAUUGUGAUUACAAUCCAGUGUAAAAGUAAAUUCUCAUAAUAUUUUUUUCAAA